AUGGAAGAAAAACCAACCAUAGUAAUGGUCCCCGGCGCUUGGCACAAAGCCUCAGUCUACUCCUCCGUCUCUUCGAUCCUGAACACCCACGGCUACCCAACAAUAUGUCUCGACCUCCCCUCCACGGGUGCAGUCCCCCCACACACCUCUUUUGACCACGACGUCUCUACCAUUCGAGAAUGCCUCACUUCCCUCGUCUCGUCAAACAAAGACGUCGUCCUAGUCGCCUGGUCCUACGGCGGCUUUCCCUCGGGCGAAGCUCCCAAAGGUCUCAGUAAGAAAGAGCGUACAACACAAGGAUUAAAAGGAGGCGUGAUCCGAUUCGUGGUCAUCAACGGGGUAGCGAUGCCAGCUGGGUAUCAGCCGCACGCUCCUGGAGAUUAUGGAAGCAUGCCCGAGUGGAUUGAGAAAGAUAUACCUAACAACAUCGGCACCAUCCCCCCUUCAACAGCAAAACAGAUCUUCUACCACGACCUCCCCGCCUCCCAAGCAGAAGAACUAUCAGCUAAGCUCGUGCACCAAAGUCUCGGAGUCUUCUUCAGUACCUCGACAUAUGCAGCAUUCACGGAUAUCCCGUCAACAUUCCUCAGUAGCGGCAAUGACCGGACGCCGUUUGGCGAGCUGAAUGAGGUGAUGAUAAAGCUGUGUCAACAAACGACGCCGAGCGCUUUUGACGUGGUGGAGCAUUGCAAUGAUGCGGGGCAUUGUGUGAUGGCUAGUUAUCCCGAGUGGACGGCUGAUGCACUCAGGCGAGCGGCUGGGGAGAAGUUUUUAAUUGGAGGUGGAGAGUAA